AUGCACCUCUUUGCCAUCUCCGCUGCCAUUGCAGCUUCCCUGAGCAUGAUUCAGUUCUGUCCUGCUCCUCCGGUUGUUCUGGGUCCUCUCAUAGCUGGUGUACUUGCCGGCGAAGGAGGCGCAAUGGUUGGCUACGGCGUGGGAAAGAUCGGCAAGCGCUCCAUUCAGGGCUCAGUCCUCGAGAAGCGUUCUGAUCCCUUCGAGGGUCUUCCUCAGCCAGCUGCUGAUACAUGCAAAAGUCAGCUAAAUGGGGUCGAGGUCAAGUUUAGUUCGACUGGCCCGGGAGCCUUCCGCGUGGACAAUGUCCCCUCCGCUUGCAUGACACUUUCGAAUGUCAUCUUAGGACAGGAUCCUAACCAGCCUGCCCCCACCCCUCUCGGUUCCGCUGCCCUGGGCUACUCCGGUCUUUCUGACGACGAUAUCAACAAGCUCCAGGCCGCUCUUGAUGGCAAGGGCUACUAG